GAAAAAAUAUACAAUUUAUGAUCAAAUAAAGAACCCCGCGUGUAUAAAAUUGACCAGACUUCUCACUUUCCUGGAGCUUCUCAUCAAAUCCCAAUCACUUGGAAACCCUAACCCUAGAUCCGACCCGGUGAAAUCCAGCAGAGAGUUCUUAAAAUGGAUGUGCUGCCUACGCGGAACAUAUCUUCGGCUGUGACUCUUUCACGUUCACAGGAAGGCAAAGGGCAAGCUGCUAAAGAAACUGGGAAUGAUACCAAGCCAAAGAAGAAAAUCUGCUGUGCUUGUCCUGAUACAAAGAAGCUAAGAGAUGAAUGUGUAGUGGAACAUGGUGAAGCCGCCUGCUCUAAAUGGAUUGAUGCUCAUCGUAAAUGUCUUAGGGCAGAAGGCUUCAAUGUUUAAAAUGUCACUGUAUCCAUAAUGAUAAGAAUAAAUAGACCGUCUCAUUUUUGUAGAACCUUUGAUUAUUUGGGGGUAUACAGAUAGAUUAUACUGGGUUUUCGGAAGUUCCUGAAUAAUGAAUACGCGUUGUAAUUCACUCUCAAGAUUAAGAGUUGGAUGUAUCUUUUCUUCAUAA